UUAUAAUCAAAAUCAUUGUUUCAGAACUGUAUGUAUAUUUGGGUGCGUGACCAUCGUCUUCACCAUAAAUAUAGUGACACCGAUGCUGAUCCCCACAAUGCAAAUCGUGGUUUCUUUUUCUCCCACAUGGGUUGGUUGAUGAGCCGCAAACAUCCCGCCGUUAUAGAGAAAGGAAAAACCAUCGACAUGUCUGAUUUGGAAGCCGAUUUCCUCGUCAUGUUCCAGAAAUUCUUUUAUAAACCUAUGUAUGUUUUAUUCGCUUUGGCGAUUCCAAUAGCAGUUCCAGUUUAUCUUUGGAAUGAAAAUUAUUACGAUGCUCUUUUUGUGGUUUAUUUCGCUAGAUAUAUUUUAACUUUAAAUAUAACUUGGUUGGUAAAUAGCGCUGCUCAUUUAUACGGAACAAAACCAUACGAUAAAAAUUUUGGUGCUGUUGAAAGUUGGUUUGUAUCUUUUGCAACUGUCGGUGAAGGUUGGCAUAAUUACCAUCACGCUUUUCCGUGGGAUUAUCGCGCUGGGGAAUAUGGAACCCACUACAGUUUGACUACUUUUAUAAUUGAUCUUUUAGAAAAAUUCGGAUUUGUUUACGAUUUAAAAACGACUCCUGGAAAUAUGAUCGAACAAAGAGUUUAUAGAACGGGAGAUCCUAGUUGUAAAGAAAAAGUACAAGAUGGGAAAAUUAUCGAUAUUAAUGGAAAUGAAAUUGAUCCAAAAUUACAAUUAAAAUUAAAGGGUUGAUGUGGAAAAAAUUCUUUUGUUGGUUUCUUGUUUGUGGUGGUUUCAAAAACUCAUCAGAUCGUAGUGAAGUUAAAUUUGCUAGUGAUUAGUUUAUUUUAGA